AUGAAGUCCACGAUCAGCUCCGAGAAGUGGAAAUGGAGGUCUUCUGUCGUGAGCACGACGGGAUCGCUCUCCCCAUUCCAGACUGGUCGCUCCAGAGGAGACUCGCCGGAGCCCCACGAGCCCAAAAAGUCACGGUCCUUGUCCAAAGCCUUCCGCUCGAUCAGUAGCUCCUCGUUGGAUUCAAUGUCUAGUGGACCAUCUAGGUCAGGAUCCUCGGGCCGGAGGCUUCACAAGACGCCUUCGGGCUCGGGAUCCGUGCUUGAUAGGUUCCAGAGGAGAUUAUCAAGAGACUCCUCCAUCGGCACCAUCCCCCUGGAGCCUCCCCUCAGCCCUGUCGAACCGACCUUUGCCUCGAUGGAGCUGAUCCGAUAUGGGUGGCUCAAGACCGAUUCUUCGCUGCUAAAGGCUCGAUCCGAGUAUCUCGUCUUAGCAGACCAUUCGUUGGUCAAGUUUGGAAGCGCGGAAGCUGCUAGGGCUAUCUUCCCGCAACUGACCCAGACUCAAGGCGCCCAUGCACACUCCCACCAGCCCACGAGCAGCAAAUCGGCCUCGGGAGAUGUACGAUUAGAGAUUCCCCUUCGAUCCAUCAUCGCAGCCUUCAUCGAAGAGACUUCCAGCUCUCGGUUUGGUAUCGAGGUGUGGUGGCUCUCGAGGUCUCCCAAGAUCGCCUCCAACAAGGCACACUUCUACUUCGCCCUUCCGAAAGAACGGGAUGAUUGGCUGGCGGACAUCCAGCAGGCGUACAAGGCCAGAAUGAGGAAAAACCCGCUGCAGACGACUGUCCCGGAGAAUGUCAAGAUUCGCAUCAACCACGCCAUGCAGCCCGCUGAUUCUGAUGGCAAUACCCAGAGUCUGAUUUUCCCAGUGACAAAGCGUACUGUGGCGGCAACCCAGAAGAGUGCAGCUGCAGAUGAAUCCCAGGAUCUCAUAGACACGUCGACGUACUAUCUUGCCAUUGGCCCCUAUAUGUGCUAUUUUAUCGAAAUACUCAAGGCGGACCACUUGACCUUGCCAGGCGAUCUACGGCUGAAAACGUCGGCGUUUGGGACAGUAUCCUUGAUCCGAUUCCAGGCCUCAGUGGCUUCUCACGAGCAAAGGUUCAGCAUGUGCUUUCGCCUGCCGUUUGGUCGAGAGACUCGUCUGGACUUGGCAAGCGUCUAUUAUCGCCGAAUCAUCGAAGCCCUGACCAAAAUUGACCGCGUCCUCAAGCCCAUGUGGCCGCAAAACCUUCAACAUGCUAUUUUCGAGAUUAAGGGUCUCCCAGCACCUCUUCAGCUGACGUCUGGAAACGAUUUGGGCGGUCUUGAGAUGAGCCUCCAGGCAUAUUGCGUCGCCUUCGGCGUACCGAUUCCCUCCUGGACGAUCGAAUGGUACACCCCAUCGGAGCCGGCUUUCCGACUGCUUGCUUGUGACGACAUGGAGUACUCUCCGCUCCAGAUCCUGGCUGUCUUUCGGGCGUUGAGAUACAAUAGCUUCUUCAAGGCCUUGUCAUUCCGUGAUGUUGAUCUUUCGUCACUGGCGAACAAGUACGACUAUUCACAGUUGGGUGAUGCGGUAGUGUACACUUCUCUUAGCGGCGUAAGAAUACCAGACGACUAUUACCAACUUCUCCUUCAAGCCCCGAUCCUCGAGCAAGAGAUUCAUGCGUUGCUGUUCUCCUCUGAAUCUAUACGGUACAUUGAUCUUGCGAACGUCGUCGGCCUACAGCGCCCAAAGAGGCCACACACAGGCCGAGGAUCGAUCAAUCAAUCCACUAUGCGCAAGAUGAGUGGUGAGAUCAUUCGACCCUUGACGAUGCUGCUCAAAACUCAGCUGUGCCAUUGUCAUGGCAUUUCCAUGUCUGGCAAUCCCAUUAGCUCCAGCGACGUAGCCGAACUAGCAAAUGUCCUUGGACUGGAUGAUGUCCAUAUGAAGAAAAUCGAACUCUCCAACUGCGCACUCGGAGACGGUGACCUUACCCAGCUCUGGAGUGGCCUAGCAGGCCAAGCCGAGACCAUCGAAUGGAUCGACACCUCGAACAAUAACGGGACUGUUGGUUUCGAAACCAUCACUUACACACUCCGCCAGCUGCGCAAUAUCAAGAAGCUCAACAUAUCGGGCAAUACUAGACUCAUCUCGGAAGAACCGCUUUUCGCUGAGGGCGCGCUCAACAGCUGGGCUCUCCAAGAGCUGGAUCUCUCCGGUAUAGUGCUGAACGAUACUACUGUCAUUUCUCUUGCCCGAUACAUGGAAUCUCCCAUGUCGCAGGACUUAUUGGUGAUGCGCCUCAACAAUUGCGGUCUCACUGGAAGUCAACUUGCCCAGCUCUUCUUCAGCAUGGGCAAGGGGCGGCACAUGACGGUCCAUGUGAAUGCAAACCGGCUGGAUGAUGGCAUCGAGAGUCUGUGUGAAGCAAUCACUUCUGGCUACGGGCCAUGGAGUCUGUUCAUGCAGAUGAUAGAGUUCAGCUACGAAGCCAGCUUUGUCAAGCUGAUGAAGGCGCUGACUGUCAACAAGACGAUUGAGUGCCUCAGUUUGGCCGGCUGUGCUACGCCGGAUGCAGUCAGCAGCGUAGCUUGCCAGGCGGCGGCGGCAUUCUUCGCCAACAACGACACCAUCCGUUUUCUAGAUAUAUCCGGAUACGACUCGAAGCUCGACGAGGGUCGGCUGGGCAGGGAAUUCUCCCGGUCAUUGAGCGGUAUGAAGUUCAAUAAGCGGAUCGAGCACCUCCGCGUCCGGAGCCAGAUGCUCAACAUUAAUAUUGGGGAUCUGGCGGAAGCCAUCUCGUGCAACCGAACGCUGCAUACUCUGGAUUGCGAGGGGAAUGACUUCAAUCUCUCCAACUUCUGGCACCUGGUCAAACGCAUUGAGGGCAACCCGACACUCCGGCACUUUUCGGCAUUUUCGGACCAAGAACUGGCCAGAACGAUCAAGAAAGCCGCCGAAGUUGACGUGCCCGUCGUGUCGUCGCGCCGCCCUUCGGGCUUGUUCACCAAACUCAAACAUGAGAAGCCUCCUGUGACCAUACAGAAGCCGCUUGUUGAGCGCCUGAGCGAGGAGUGGGAAGCCGCAAUUGCAGCGCUGGAUCAAGUUCUCGAAAGGAACCAGCAGGCUUAUCGUGAGAGACAUGGCAGUAGGAGAGCGACGGCCGAUUCGGCACUGAAGGCGUGCGAGAUAGAGGAGGGCACGUUCUCGGUCGAUUUCGGAGGGCUUGCCAGCAAAGAGUUCGAGUCUCACAAUGCCAUGGCCUCCACCUUGCGCCGUGGCCCUUCCACUUCAACCCACAACUCGGAAGCAUUCAAGGUCAUUGUAUCAUCACCUUACACCGACGAGAACUCUGGCGAGACAACGAUGCGGCCUUACUCCAUGGUCUCAAGCGACGGGGCUAGUGACCCAAUCACGGAGACCAGUUCUAACAGUGAUGCUGGCGUUCCGACACCUUUGGAGAUGGAAAGCCCCCCUGACAAAGAGCCAGGGUGGGCCGGAGCCUCGGCAGUGGACGGGACGAGCAUCCCGGCUCCCGAAGACGACAGUUUACUUUCCGAUCAUGAGAUAAGCUUGCUCAUGGGGAAGUACCAGACCAUGCUUAGCAUUUCAUCGGAUAUAAUCGAGGAAGAGGGGAGGUAA